AUGUCUUGUAAUUUUAUUGCUGAUUUUAGAGAAUUUCAAGAAAAUAAUGAACAAAUAUCGAUACUGAGUAAUAAUUCAAAAAUACUUAAUCAAUCAUCUCCUUCAAAUUAUUCGAAAGAACCUGUUAAAA